UACUGCUGCUGGAUCUGAGCGCGCGGCACCCUGCAUUCGCGCUCUUCUGCUGACAACACGUACUUAAUGUAACUAUUUUAAACUGCCAAUUAAAUUGAGAUAGAAGACUAGAUCUAAUACCUGUUGGCCAGUUUCAGAGAGACCAUAACGUUUUAUUUAGUCAAGUAAAAUUAUUUAGCAUCGUCAAUAGAAAGAAUACUGAACGAGUAUGGACAGUUUCACACUGAGCGGGGAAAAUAUGCUAAUCAUCAAAAAGUUGUGGAUAUAAACGCGCAGAAGAACAGCUCAUUCCUAAUAUCCUAUGGCUUGAAGUUUCAGGCAUCUUCCCUGGCCACAGCUCAUGGAUUUCCUCACGGAGUAUCCCUACAAUGAUACUUAUUAUGACAACGGAACUGGGGCCCUCAACAGCACAAGCUGUGAGGCCAAGCAUCAGUAUAACUACUAUGCCAUGCUCCUGACUCUCCUCAUCUUUCUCAUUGUCUUCGGCAAUGUGUUGGUGUGUAUGGCAGUCUCCAGAGAGAAAGCGCUGCAGACCACCACUAAUUACCUCAUUGUCAGCCUGGCGGUGGCAGAUCUUCUCGUGGCAACCUUAGUUAUGCCCUGGGUGGUGUAUCUUGAGGUGGUGGGGGAGUGGCGUUUCAGCAAAAUCCAUUGUGACAUUUUCGUCACAUUGGACGUCAUGAUGUGCACGGCGAGCAUUCUUAAUCUUUGUGCUAUUAGUAUUGACAGGUACACGGCUGUUGCCAUGCCGAUGUUGUACAACACACGCUACAGCUCCAAGAGACGUGUCACUGUAAUGAUCUCAGUGGUUUGGGUGCUUUCGUUCGCUAUUUCUUGCCCCCUGCUGUUUGGAUUAAAUAACACAGCUACACGGGAUGGUGCUGUGUGUGAAAUCGCCAACCCCUCUUUUGUUGUCUACUCCUCCAUCAUGUCAUUCUACGUUCCCUUCAUCAUCACCCUCCUCGUCUACGUGCAGAUCUACGUGGUUCUUCGCAAGCGCCGGAAACGGGUCAACACUAAACGGAGCUGCCAGAAGACAGAUCCUGAUGCUCAGCCCUCUCUUAAGGAAAAGUGCACUCAUCCUGAAGAUGUAAAACUGUGCACAUUUAUCAUUAAGACCAAUGGGGGGUUACCUGCCAAAAACAAGAAAGCAAAACUGAUAAAGGAGGUCCUGCACCAGGGUUGUGAUGUGGGGGUGGAUAUUGUGGCCGGCACCAGCCCUCUAGAGAAAAAGAAACAGGCAUCUACUCUGGUCGUUGACCUAUUGGCCAACCCAAGCCCCAUCCAUGCCUCUCCCUCCCACGAUGAAUGUCAGUCAAAUGGAGAUGAGAAAAAUGGCCAUGCCAAGGAGGUCCAGACCCCUAAAGAAGCCAAACCUGUUUUAACUCAGGUACUGCCCAAUGGCAAAACACAAACUACAGUGACCAAAACCAUGAGCAAGAGGAAGAUUUAUCAGCAUAAAGAAAAGAAGGCUACUCAGAUGCUGGCCAUUGUUCUAGGUGUUUUCAUUAUUUGCUGGCUGCCCUUUUUUAUUACUCACAUUUUGAAAACUCACUGCACGAGCUGCGUGGUGCCACUGGAAAUGUACAAUGCCUUCACUUGGCUGGGAUAUGUGAACAGCGCCGUCAACCCCAUCAUAUAUACCACUUUCAAUGUGGAGUUCAGAAAGGCUUUCAUAAAGAUAUUGCACUGCUGAGGACAUUAUUCAUUGCACACGAAGAGGAAGAGAGAUGUAAGAUUUCACAAGAGGUUAGUGCCAUUAUUGACUGCUAUGUGAAAUGAUGGAUUUACAAAGCCACACUUUUAAGGCAGUAUGGAAGUAAAACUCAUUACAGAAAAUGGAGGUUCAAAUGAAUGUAAAAGUAGUUUUAUUUUUAAAACUAAUUUUAUAAGAGUUUUAUUUGUGUGUCUUGAUUACUUAUGGGUGUGUUUAGUCUCUUUUGGAGUUGGAGUGUGAAUGUGAUUAAUCAUCGAUUAAAAAAUUGAAGCGAAUUUGAGAUCGGCAAUUGGAUCUUGCCACAAAGACUUUUAUGCAGGGACCUGAAUGUCAAAAUCACACUAUUAUAUCAAUUUAGAGGUGAGCAACUGGUUACAAAAUGCUUAAAGAUCUGUAUAUUCUAAGUAUUUAUCAUUUGUUAAUUAAUAUUUAUUUGUUUUGAGAAAUUGUUAAUAAAGGGAUAGCUAUUGUAUAGUACAAAUAAGGUGGAAAUACCACCAGAGGUUUUAUAAAGCCAGAACACAAAGAUAUCAAAGGUGCACUCUGUAAUGUUUUUUUUUAUGUUGCACUGGUCAUCUUGGACGUAUACUGACACCUAGGGGCCUGGAGCGUAUAAUUAUACAAUUUAAUCAAAAAGUUUCAAUUGUAGAAAUGUGCUUUUCGCAGUCAAAUGUAAUUAAUUUAUUUCUUGAGCGAAAGUGUCUGAUAACAGCCAAGAUAAAGUAGUAUCUGUCUGAUCAUGUGAUCUCAACAUGUCUGCCCAACAUGUCCAUGAAGCAACCCAUGCUAUGUAAAAUAUAACACAGCUUUUAGCAGAGCAUCCAUACUUUUUCAAUAAUUACAAUAUGUGUAAAACCUUUUUUACUGAGUGUACCUUUAAGCAAACAUUAAUGAAUUCUUACCGACUAUGAAGGACAAUGUACAUAAGAAUUAAAUAGUUUUAUUGAAGCCCAUGACAAAAAUUAUCAUGCAUGUUACAUUGGUAUUUCACAUUAAAUUGCAGCCAAUGUAUGUCUCUUGUAUUUUUUGUGUACAUCACAAGUACACAAAAAUGUAUCUGAGCUAUAUAAAGUUGUAUCUGUUAUUAU